GAAAUGAUGUCUCUUGAUAUAUCUGACAGCUCUCAAAUCUAUGCUGCGUUUAUGGUGUACCUGGACCUCUUAGAAGGGAGAAACUGGCAUGAAGUGAAGCACGUUGGAGUAGCAGAACUGCAGCUCGUAUGCUUACAUGCACGUGAGAAAGAGCGGGAAGGUUUCCAGGUGAUGGUGCCGGUACCUGUGCACAUAUCCUUAAGCCAUGAAAGGAUAAGAGAAAUCAUGAAGAAAGCAUCUCUCCCCCCAGAGGAUCCUGACACCCCGCUGUCAGUUACUUUGGCCAUAGUUGAGUCAGAUUCCACAAUAGUCUACUAUAAAGUGACUGAUGGCUUUGUACUACCAGAUCCUCCUGACGAUACUGAAGAUGUGGACAACAAACAGUGGAAAAAGAAAAGAAAGAAGCUUUUCAAGUGA